ACAAGAAAAGAAUCAUUACAGAAAAAACAUUUUUACACAAACGAUACAAUUUCGAAAUAAAAUAAACACAUAGCCUACAUAAGAGAAAAAUACUGCCCAAGUAAUACCCAAGUCUGUAUCUGCCGUCGCCAUAGUUGUUUAUUCAUUCGUCAGAAUUACGAGCUUACGUAGAGCUCUUGAAAUACUCUCAUGUCCGCGCACUGAUGUGUGUCACUGAGGUACAUUGUGUAUGCCCGUGUGUGUGUGUUGGGGAGAAGGAAACGCCUCUGUGUUGAAAUUUCCUGACAUGAAGGACAAGCCGGACCGGCAGCAGUCCUGAACUCCACAUCUGUCCUCUCCGCCAGACGGUCGCGAUGGAUUUCGUGCUGAGCGGAGUCGCGGCGUGCGGAGCGUGUCUGUUCACCAACCCGCUGGAGGUCGUCAAAACUCGCAUGCAGCUGCAGGGAGAGCUCCAGAGCCGGGGCUCCUACCGGGUUUAUUAUCGCAACGUGUUCCACGCUUUUUACACUAUCGGGAAAGUGGACGGACUGUCUGGCUUACAGAAAGGACUGGUUGCCGGACUGCUGUAUCAGUUUUCUAUGAAUGGAGUCCGGCUGGGGUCGUACGCCGUCAUUGAUUCCUCCGGUUACAUCCACACCAAUGGAAGGGUCAGCGCGGUCAAAACCACAAUAGCAGGGGCUGUGGCUGGAGUGGUGGGAGCCGUGAUGGGCAGCCCCAUAUACCUGGUUAAGACUCAUUUGCAGAGUCAGUCCACCUCCUCUAUUGCAGUUGGACAUCAGUAUAAACACCAGGGGAUGAUCCACGCUCUGGCAGCCAUCUACAGGGAGCACGGCAUUGUGGGACUAUGGAGGGGCUCCAGUGCUGCUGUUCCCAGGGUCAGCGUGGGGUCAGCUGCACAACUCUCCACCUUCUCCUCCUCCAAGGAGCUUGUAAUUGACCUGCAGGUGUUCGCAAAGGACAGCUGGUUGGUGCCUCUAAGUGCCGGCAUGAUGAGUAGCGUGGUGGUGGUGCUGGCGAUGACACCUUUCGAUGUGGUGAGCACGCGGCUCUACAACCAGCCUGUGGAUCAUUUGGGCAAGGGGCAGCUUUAUAAAGGAUUCGCUGACUGCUUUUCUAAGACGCUGAGGAAGGAGGGCUUAACAGGACUCUACAAAGGCUUGGGAGCAUCUUAUUUCCGGAUUGGUCCGCACACCAUUCUGUCUUUGUUCUUCUGGGAUGAACUGCGCAAACUGUACCAGCCGUUCAGAUAACACCAGGGACAAGGAAACUGGAAAAUGGGUAACUCAUUAAGCUUUGAGUGCAUAGGUUAAAUGAGUCCUCAUUUAAUGAGUGUAUUUUUAUGAGAUAAAAGGAAAAACCAGGAGAUGCUCUCAUUUCUUGGAGGAAAGCAGAAAUGCAAAGGUAACAUUUUACACUCCUAUAAGAAAACACAACAAAAUCCAUUAGGAAGAAGGUGAACAUGCCAAACCUGUAGUCAGGAGGUCUGAGCAAUUCUGUGUGACAGAUAUGCACUUGGAUUUGUCUUGGUGAAAUAUAAGAACAGAUAAACUACAAAGGAACUUAGAAGGUAACCCAGUAGGCCUCAUGUGAAGCACUAUAUGUCGUCUGGGGCAAAUGCAUCACAGAUCAUGGCUCUUUUAUAGCUUUUAACCUCUUUAGUUCUGUCAUUCCAAAAGAUAUAGAAGAAAUGCAGUGGACACAGCUUUGUACCUUUUGGAGAAAGCAUCAAAUGUGGCCCUCAGUUUAAAUAUGAAUGGAUCGUGCCAACAGCCACAGUAGUGGCACAUAAAAUCUAGUAUGAAAUGACUGGUCCUAUUGUCCAUGUGGCAGCUGCUCUAUGCUUUUACAGUCUGAUGUGUUCUCCUUAAUACAACACAAACCCUGCUAAUAGUCUAAACCACUGUAUUCAAAGGGAAAAACAGAGCGAGAACUUGCACAAAGAUACAAGUAAAUAUGUAAACACAAGAAGAAAGAAGUAGCACUGAAAAUGUGCCAACCACACAGAUGACCUGAAAUAGCCUUGAAUUGGCAGGACGUGAUGCAAUGCAUAUUAAAGCAGCAGAAGUAAAAAUUCUGUGGAUGAAGGAUUUCUUGCAAGUUUUAUUUAAAUCAAAGAGAAACUGGUUGUUCACCGACCCACCAGUGAAUCAGUAUGUAUAAACUUGGCUGUGCAGCCAAACUUUUUUGCGCAAACACGCAAAACCUGACUGUUAAGUUUAGUGGAGAUUCAAAAGUUUCUAAAGAUACUGAAAAUAUCAAUGUUUUUUGGGUAAAUGUGUAUAAAAUGAAAUAUGACGUUUGAAUUUUUUACUCAGUUUAAACAUCACGUAACUUAAAUAAAGAACCGCAGCAAUCUGUUAGAGAAUAUAUGUAAUACAGUCCAGAUUAAGAUGAGUUUUCCAACUUUAAAAAGGAAAAGGAAUGUUGGGAGUGUAAACGCUUAAGGUGUUAAGAUAGUCAACUAAAAGAGGACGUCAUAUUUUUCAUGUCCAAGCACUUUUUUAGGAAAGCGACUAGUCCUAUUAAAGUGAGACAAAUAGCAGUACAAUGGUUACUGAUGACAUAAUCCAGAGUCAAAAUGUUGUUUGAACACUGACCAUAAAAUUUCUUUUUACAUCCACUCAAUAAGACUACCUCCAGGUUGUUUAUGAUUUUCUGCACAUUAUCUCUCGCACAAUAAUCUGUAAUUUUUUACCACCAUGCUGACAUGUACAAACAGUUUCGUGCAUCUUUAUUGUUUGAAUUAUUUAUUUAUCUAUAGGUGUUUAUUUUUAUGGGAUAGAAUCCUGCAGUUGUUACUGAAUUGACUUAAUGUCACAUAACAUUUCACUGUAGCCUAAGCUAAUUUGCAUGGCUUACGUGUUUAUGGGCAUUUCUAAAAGGAUGAAUAUACAGUGUAACAAAAAUACACAAUGAAACCCAGACAAUAGAUAAAGGUAAUUCAAAGACAUAAUAGAUAAAUAAUGACCUGAUGACUCAGAAACUGUAACAAAUCUGUUGUACAACUUUGCAGGCAUGCAAAGAGUCAGAAAGGUCUCACUGUGUCACUUAAUACCUUAAGGACACUAGUAAUACAUUUAUAGGUAAGUUAAAAAUUGUCAAUUGUAGUGACUAGACAAUUCACCAAUACAUUUCCUUUGACCUGUUACUACAAAAAUGUCUGUUUCUCUUUAUAUUAUAUAUUACAAUGGAACUAUUAAAACUAUUUUAACUAAAAAACUAACUUGUUGGAAAUGAAAGUUCACGUAUGAUUGACUGUGUGCUGCAUGGCUUCCUUUUCUUCUUUUUUUCUGUGAUUACUCAGCUUUAAUAUUCAGCAUUUACAUUUCAUUUAAUUUUUUGGAAAAACACUGUGCAGGCAGUGUGUACAGACUUUGUACAGAGCCAUAGCAGCAGCUUGUUUGUUUUGUUUUUUUUCCAAGAUCAAUACUGAUCAUUAGUAAUCAAGGAGACCAAUAACUAACUGAUAAAUGGAACCAAUAACAUUUGAAGUAACAUGAAAUCUUUAGUGUCAAAGUGUAGACUAACCAGUGAUAAAAUGUUCAGUACAGUGGUUUGCCAGAUCAUCUUUCAAGAUUGCCAAAAAUAUCAGUCAGGAGCUAAAAAAAAAAUAAAACUUUAAAAUCUUGGCUGCUACAGUGUGCCUUAGUAAUUCAUCCUGGGAAAAAAAAAUAAUAAAAAUAAGUUUGUUACCAAGGAGAUUUUGUAAUUUGAGUUACACAUUUGACAGAUUGUUUUUUAACAAAUUUUAUAAGUAUUAUUUUUGUGCAUGUGUGUAUCUUUUAAUAACUCAAUUGAUAUUAAAGUGAUCUAAAUUAAUACUUGUACCUGAUGUGUAAUUGUAGCUAUACUAAAAUAACCAUUUUAACUUUGUAAGACAAGUAUGCUAGAAGUCACUACUCCUACCACUACUUACUUUCUAACAAUUAACCCAAUUAACAACACAUUAACCCAUUAUUGAUCAAAUAUUGAUGUAUUUCUAUGAAAAGUACAAGACAGAAGAGUUAUUCAUCAAAUACUUAGAUCAGGUUAUUCACUUUUCUAUGUUAGAUUUGGUAACAGAUAAAUAACCAUUAACUUCACAAACUGUAAUUUUACAUUCUCCAGGCCUUUAUGAAUAUACAUCAGGGUUACUGAGUAAAGGCUGAUUGCCUUCUUUGUCUUACCCUCUGUCUUCUUGAUGUAGUUUUGUUUAUUUAUACUAUCAACAAAGUAUGUGGUUUAUUAUGAAAUAUUCUUCAGUCUGUUUAGUCAACAGACAUGUCUUGUGUCAUUUGUGGUGCUCACAUCAAGCCAGUUAGACAAACUUUCUGACACCAAACAGCAGUAAAAUUUCCGAACUUAACUGACUCAUGAUUCCUUAAAACAAAACCAGAUCAGAAACCAGAUUGUGUAAACAGACCCCUCAGUGAGAUAUCAUUCAGGGUUAAAAAACAUUCAACCUGAUUCUUAACAUGGUAUGCUGUCCACUACCUUAACCAUGUUGUUAUAUUAAGGCCAUUUUUGGUGGCAAAAGUAUGAAUGGAAACCUGAUGACAGUUAAUAUAAUUUGAGACCUGUGGAAGUAGCGCUUGGGGAAGGACUAUGUCAAACACUCGCAAAAAUGCUAAAUGUAGUUUUGAAUUUACUCAAAUCAUUUGCAGAUGGUUCCGAUGUAAACUGAUGAUUAGAGAGUUGAUAAAGAGUGGAGUAGCACUGAUGAAUGUUACAUGCAGCCACUUGGCAUUGUUUCAUGAAUGUUACAAAAUGCACUUCCCGUCAUAGGAAGAUAUUAUUUCUGUGCAAUGGACUCGAAGAACAAAUAAAUUCUCAGACUUUUUGUUGAA